AUGCGGAAUGUUUCUACUGACGUUAUUUGCAAUUGGGCGGAUGGAACUGAGGAAGCGCUAGCUAAUAUGGCCGCCUAUAGCAUUGUUUGCGCUUGUACGAUGUAUGCAAUUCCGGGCUAUUAUCUCACCUACGCACCCGGAAAUACUGAUGUCACACAAAUAUUCACAAUAUCUGGCAACAUUUUGAAGGGCGGUAUGUUCGCGUUGGUUCUUGCAACUGAUGCGGUUAUUGUAUGGAAACUGUACCAAAUGAAUGUAUUGGGAACAAAGAAGCUGAAGAGCGAGCGAAGUUCUCGAACAACCACACUUGAAAAUGGGAGGGCGCAAAAAAUUACAGUCGAGCUGAAAAACCAGCCACCAAGGCUCCGCGUCGGACUCGACAAGCGAUUGGCUAUUGCAUUUUUAUAUAUCAUUUUUGUUUAUGUCAUUUAUUUGGUGUACUUUUUAUAUCUGAGAAUAUUCCCGAGUGACUGGGUACCGUACUUAAACCUAACAAUCUACGGUAUCGAUGCCUGUAAAUGCACAAUUUAUUCACAUGUUUGCGUGAUAUUUCUAAUUAAUUUAUUUGUGCUUCGAAGAAUGGAAUUGAGAAGGAAUAUCAACCCGAUCAACUUAGCCAAUUUCACCCUGGUGAUUUCGGAAACGAUCCACAUCCUACUCUUCAACAUUCACGAUUAUUUGGCAAGAAUCCUUGAAUUUGAGCCAUUUGGUGCCAUCGGAUUCCCUAUAUUCGUGUUAUGGCUAAAUUUCCGAUAUUUCGUGCAAAUCAAUAUAUUCUAUUUGCUCUGUGUUCUCCAUUUAACUGCCAUAUUUGCACCGGGAUUCUUUUGGAAACUGGGAACUAAAGAUUCGUUUAUCUCACUGUCGGUUCCGAUUUUGAUGGCUUUAGCAUAUAUGUCAGCCUACGGCAUCUUUUGUAGCUGUACAAAUUACGCAAUUCCGGGCUAUUACUUCACCUUCGAACCGACUAAAAUCAACGUUACAAGAAUUUUUACGAUUCUUGGGAAUGUUUUCAAGGGCGGAAUGUUCAUCAUCGUUCUCGCGACGGAUGGAAUAAUUGUAUGGAAACUCUAUCGUAUGAAUUUAUUGGGCCAAAAGCCAGUGAAAAAUGAAAGGAGCUCUCGAAAUACCACCAGCGAUAACGGUCGAAAUCCAAGGGCUAUCGUCACUAAUCAGCAAAGCCGAUUGCGCAUCGGUCUCGAUAAACGCUUGGUGAUUGCUUUGUUGUAUAUAAUCUUUGUCUAUGCGGUUUAUUGGGUAUACUUUCUAUUUGUUGGCAUUAUUCCACCAGUUCUGGUGCCAUAUCUAAACCCGACCGUCUACGGGCUCGACGCUUGUAAGUGUACCGUCUAUGUGUUGAUCGUGACUUUGAAA